AUGUAAUCAAUCAAACAAGCAUUCAGGACUAGUUAAGUUCUAAAGCAAAGAGCUCUUUUCGGCUCUCAAAUGUAAAUCAGUCAAAUGACUGCUUCAAGAGUAAGGUUCAUUAAGAUAAUAGCAAAUGUUUAGAAUUUCUCUAAUAAGCAGGAUGUCAAGCUGAACAAAAAAUGGGAAGCAUUAGCAGGAAAAGAACUAAAAGGAAAAAAUGUCAAGGAUGUACUAGUUCGUGAGACAAAUGAGCUAAUGCUUGUAAAGCCUCUAUAUACAAGUGAAGACUGGCAACCCACUCCAGGGGAGGCUGAAGUUCCAGGACCUUACGCCUCUAUGUACACUCAUAGACCUUGGACUGUUAGACAGUAUGCUGGGUUCAGUACUGUUGAGGAAUCAAAUGAGUUCUAUAAGGCCAAUCUUAAGGCUGGAUAGCAAGGUCUUUCAGUGGCAUUUGAUUUAGCCACACAUAGAGGAUAUGAUUCUGAUCAUGAGAGAGUCGUAGGUGAUGUAGGUAUGGCUGGUGUCGCUAUUGAUUCUGUUGAGGAUAUGAAAAUUCUCUUUGAUUCAAUCCCACUCAAGGAUAUUUCAGUAUCAAUGACAAUGAAUGGAGCUGUGUUGCCAGUUCUCGCUAUGUAUAUUGUUGCAGCUCAAGAGUAAGGAGCUUCAUUGGACUAAUUAUAAGGAACAAUUUAAAACGAUAUUCUUAAGGAAUUCAUGGUCAGAAAUACUUUCAUCUAUCCUCCUGAACCUUCAAUGAGAAUAAUUUCAGAUAUCUUUGGUUAUACUUCAAGAUGCAUGCCUAAGUUCAACUCAAUCUCAAUUUCAGGUUAUCACAUGCAAGAGGCUGGUGCUGAUAGCAAAUUGGAGCUUGCCUUCACUUUAGCUGAUGGACUUGAGUAUAUCAGAGCUGCUGAAAAGGCAGGAUUAUCUGUUGACGAUACAGCCCCCAGAUUUUCUUUCUUCUUUGCAAUGGGAAUGAACUUUUAUAUGGAAAUCGCUAAAUUGAGAGCUGCCCGUAUGCUUUGGGCAACACUUGUAAAAGAAAAGUUCCACCCAAAGAGCGAGAAGUCAUGCCUCCUCAGAACUCAUUGCCAAACUUCAGGAUGGUCUCUUACCGAGCAAGACCCAUACAACAACAUUGUAAGAACUACAAUUGAAGCUUUAUCAGCUGUUUUUGGUGGCACAUAGAGUCUCCACACUAACUCAUUUGAUGAGGCUAUCGCUCUUCCAACAAAAUUCUCAUCUAGAGUUGCAAGAAAUACCCAACUUAUUAUUUAAGAAGAGACAGGAAUUACUCACGUUGCAGAUCCAUGGGCUGGAAGUUAUAUGAUGGAAACCCUUACCAAGGAACUUGCUGAAGAAGCUAUGAAGAUUAUUAAUGAAGUUGAAGAGUUAGGUGGUAUGACCAAGGCUAUUGUCUCAGGCAUGCCAAAGCUCAGAAUUGAAGAGUCAGCUGCUAGAAGACAAGCUAAAAUUGAUUCAGGUGCUGAGACUAUUGUUGGAGUUAAUAAAUACAGACUAGCUAAGGAGGAGACUAACUUUGAUGUCUUAAAAAUUAAUAACAGCACUGUUAGAACUAAGUAAAUUGAGAGAAUUAACAAGAUGAAAGCUUCAAGAGACUCUAAGGCUGUUGAAGAAAUCCUAGGGAAAUUAACAGAAGCUGCUAAAUCAGGACAAGGAAAUCUACUUGAAUUAUCAGUUGAAGCUGCUAGAAGAAGAGCUACUUUAGGAGAAAUUUCAAUGGCUCUUGAAGUAGUAUAUGGAAGACAUGUACCUAAGGACAAUAUAGUAAGAGGUGCUUAUUCAAAGGAGGCUAUGACAAAGUCAGGAGAGCACGGAAAGUAAGAGUUUGAGCAUGCUCUUGAUAAAGUAAAGAGUUUUGCCAAGAGUGAGGGUCGUAACCCAAGAAUUCUUGUUGCUAAAAUGGGUCAAGAUGGUCAUGAUCGUGGGGCUAAAGUUAUUGCUAGUGGAUUCGCUGAUCUCGGCUUUGAUGUUGAUGUUGGAGGUCUUUUCCAAACCCCUGAGGAAGUCGCUCGUUAAGCUAUUGAUAAUGAUGUCCAUGUAGUCGGUGUCUCUUCUCUAGCAGCUGGACAUAAUACCCUUGUCCCAGCUCUCAAGUAAGCCCUUAAGAAGCAAGGUGGUGAUCAUAUCAUUUUAAUCUGUGGUGGAGUCAUUCCUGCUCAAGACUACGAUUUCUUACUUAAAAAUGGUGCUUCAAUUGUAUUUGGUCCAGGCACCAAAGUCACAGAUGCUGCAGUUAAGAUUGUUGACCUUAUUGAGAAGAAUAAGAAAUGA